UGCGUCGCGUGGUGCGCUUUGAUAAAACAACUGCAGCUCUUUUGUAUCAAGUACGAUACGAAAACGAGCGCUGCCAGGCACACACAGGCGCUCCCCCCACACCUCUACCACUGAUGGCAAUUUGUGUGUCUCGGGAAGACCUGAUAAGCUGCUCCAUAAGCAACGUUUUCUUGUUUUGGAGCCCAAGUCAAAGGCAGUUGGGGACCGGUGGUCCCAGGGGCAAAACAAUGGCGGCAUCUGGCGCGUAAUUAACCCACAAAAAAGCAAAAACAAAACAGCUCAACAAAAAACAAAAAGCAACUGCAAAAAUAACAAACGAAACGAAACGAAUUUGUUUUGGGCAAAAGUGUUUCAUGUGCGCGCCAAUUGCGAAGAAUGAGAUACGAUUCCAGGGCAUCCCAUCCCAUUCCAAGAGAGUGCGUGUAGCGUGAGUGCCGAAAUGGCUUAGUGCUAGUGCCUGUGAAAGCGCGAUAAAAUCACAAGGGGAUCGUCCCGUAACAAAGAAACAACAACAACAUCAAGAAGAAACACCCACGAACGAGAGGCGUCGCAAAUGGCAGGUGAAUCGCCUGAAAGCAACAGCUCCGAGAGCAGUCCUGUCCAGCGGCAGUUGAACGGCAGUGUGGACAGUGGCAUAGCCGUGCUGGAGGGGGAGGUCGAGACGCCGACGCUGAGACGACGGCAGCGGCUGCAGCAGUGCCAGCGCAUCCUCCAGCUGCUGCAGCGGGACCAUUCCACCCACAGGCAGCUGCGCGAUAGAUUAAGUAAAAUAGCCGAUAGGAAGUGGAAGAAGGAGGAGGCCAGCGAGGAGCAGAGCUGCAACGUCUGCUGUGCAGAUUUGGACCAGGCCAGUCCCAAAACCUAUGUGACAUGUUGUACGUGCGGGAAGCUAGUGUGCCGCGGCCCCAAGUGCGCCGACUGGCGGCCGAAGGAUGCCAAGUGGGAGUGCCAGCUGUGCCACAGCUCCAAGGAGUCGCUGGCCCACACCUCCUCCUGGGUGGCGGAGCAGAUGUCCUUUAACCAGCACAAGUUCGUCUACCCGAUGCGGGCCCGAAGCGAGGUCUACAUACCCAUCACUGGCGAUGGCAUCGACAGCACAAUGCACAUUGAGAGCGUCAGCCAGGUUGGGCAGAGCGUUCAUCUCGACGAGCGAGCCAAGAUACGUGCGUACGUGGAGGAAAUCGUCGCCGAGAUGCUGGGCGGCAAUCUGGAUCACAUCAAAGUGGGGCAAUUGUCCAAAAGUGAAAACUACUUGCAAUUCUUCCACAAAUUCCAUGCGAAACUUUCGAACCUGCUUCUCAAUGUGGAGAGCGACCUGCUUAAGGGAGAUCUGCCGGCCAUUGUCAAUGGCAACGACAACCCGAGUCCAACCAGAAACAACAACAGCAACAACAACAACAACAACAAUGGGGAUGCCGACUCUCUGGCAGACACCUCCCAGACCCGUCUACGCAGUCUCAUCGAGACCAUAAUAGCGGAGACGCUGCGCAGCAGUGCGCUGAGCGUGAGUGGCGCCGUCUCGGAGAUCAGCCUGGACACCAGCCGCUCGCUGGCCGCCGAGCUGCCGUGCCAUGGCGGGAUCGGGAUGAAGCGACGCCACCGCACGGAGCACUACUUCGAGCCGAAGAUCUAUCAGGAUCUGCUGGCCACAGCGGUGCUGAACAAGAUUGCCGAUAAGGAUGGGAACACGCGGUUGGUGUCGGAGAGCACUCCGGACCUGAGUGCUCGCCUCAUUGAUGAGAAUUACAAUGCCGAAGCGUUGAGCAGCACGUCCGGCAGUUCCGUUGAGCCCCGAAGCGACUGCAGCCUCACCGACCAUGAGUUGGAACUGGAUGUUGGCAAAUCGCAAUCCCUGCAAGCGGAGCUGGAGCGUGAAUCGGUGCUGAGUGAUUACAUAGCCGCACACAUGGUGCCCCUUCCGGACUUCUCGGCGUCUGUUACCGAAUCGGAGGAUGACGUCGGAUCCAUCUCCUCGAGCAUGAUCGGCGAUGGCACCUGGGAGGACAACUGGCUGUUCAAGAAGAAACGCAGCUCCAUGCAGAGCUCGGCCACACCGAGCAGCAUAGGCAUGCUGGUGCCGGCUCCCAAGGAGCAUGUGCGGGCCCAGAUCGGCGACAGGACAGCAGACGAGGUCAGCGAUCUGUCGGAGCUGGGCUCGGAUGCGGAGGACAACUCGCUGGAUGUGUUGCGCGGCAACGAGCUGAACGAUCGCCUGCUGAGCAAGCAUCUCAUCGGAGGUCAGAACACAAAACUCGUGCUGGACGAGCUCGUGGAUCGCAGCAGCCUGGUCUCCCACACCCUCCCGGAGGAGCACGAGCCCGCAUUUACCGACACCACAAACGCAUUUGUCGUAGCCUCCAGGGCCGUGCCAUCGCAAAGAGCAGCCGCACCCCCGCCACCCAUGGUGUUCCAAGAUGACUCUCUGAACGAGGAGCUGGUCCAGACUCCCGUCGCAGAUCAAUUAAGUUCAGAGUCGAGUCACAGCGAUGAGAGUGCGCCGUCCACCGGCUGUGAGACCUUCGACGGAGACGGCGACUCUGAACAGGAGUUCGUUAGCCAGAGAGUUCUAGUUUUGGACGAGCGCACGUCUAGGACCAACACUCACACUUCCAACAGCAACACCAACACCAACACCAACUCUAACUCUAACACACAUCCCACUCACACUGAAACCACAACCACAACCACAACUAACCCCACAAAUCCGAGUAGACGCACUAGCGGCAAACUAACAAAUGGUUCCCUGAGAUGGUCGAACAAGGCGGGUGCCUGUGCCAUCGCACGCCCGAAUGGUGGCCAACUGGUGGCCCAACAAAACGACCUUACUGAUGAUGACGAUGUCGUACUGUUGCGGCGCUUUGUGCCAGGUUCUAUUGCAGAGCGCGAGGUCAAGAAGUGGUACAACGCCGUCGAAAUGCCCAACAAUCCGUACGCGCCCGAGGCCCUGAAGCAGCGGAUCAGCGGCACGCAGGAGCGCUACAUGGAUGUGCCGAACAUCAGUCCCAGUGCCGAGCAGAAGGCCCUGGCCGCCGCCCUCACCGAAGAAGGCGACCCGGACCCGGCGCCCCCUUCCACCGACUACAAACGCUACAGCCGCGACUACUACAUCAACGAUGCCCCCCACGGCACAGAAGUAAGCGGAAACGGACGGGGUGCACCAUCGUCCAGUGUGGAGAGGCAACCCACCGCCGAGGAUGUGGAGCUGGACAUUGUUAUCAACGAGGCGGCUCCAAACGCAAGCAAAGCUGCAAAAGAGCAGGAGCAGGAAGAGGAAACUGCUGCGGCACACGUUUACACGGCCUUGCCAGCUCAGGUGUUGGACGAUUCCCUAGAGACCCAAUCGAACCCUUCGCUGCACUCCCUUCAAACCACGACGACCACCAGCGAUGAGUCCGAAACGGUGCGCGUCUAUGACUUCAAUAAGCAGGAGACCACGGUCAUCAGAGCUGCCCCUGCGGAACAGCAGCCAAGCUCCUCCACGACAUCAUCCAUGGAGUCGGCUCGGAGCGCACCGUUGUCCUCUUCCUCCACAGACGCGUCAGUGUCCAAAAAGCGUGAGCGACCAGUUGUCCUACAAUUUGGCCCUUCCGACUCGGUGCCCAGCAUCGGCUCGCCAGCGAGUACGCCCACAAGAGGCUCGACACCCCCGGCGUUCCGCUUUCUCCAGCCCAAGCGACGCCUCAUCGAGCCGAGUCAAGUGCUGUCUGUGGACGAAGAUGAUUGGCCCGAACCAAGUACACCCGGCGCAGAGAAGCCAGCCGUAGAAGAUGAGGUGGCCCAUGCCAUGCCCUCGGUCAAAGCUCUGGCCCAAGCCUUUCUCCUGACCAGCAAAGCCCAGCAAGCCGAGCGACGAUGGCGAUCAAAGGUGAGGAUGGCAGCCACACAUGAUUCAUCAGACAAGCCAGCUACCUCCCUGGCACGACGACCCAAGCUGGAGCAUGCCGUCUCCAUGGCAGAGGUAGCCGAUGAAUCCACGAUCGCCUCUGACUUGUCAUCCCUCGAAACGGAUCCAUCUAUGCACUCGGACGGUUCCAUGAAUCCACCCAUCGCCUCGCCUGUGAGCCCAGUUCCGGUGCGCCACGGUUUUCUCCGGAGCAAUAUUGCUUUCUUUGAGAACUUAAAGUUUAAGUAAAUACACGAAGGGGAUGAAAAGUGCAGCCAUUGGUGGAUAUUCCUUGUGCAAUAUGCACAGCAAUGGUAGAGCACUCCACGCAUCGUAACCAAAAAUCAUGUGCCAUGGCCAUGGCCUGUAUUCCCUAACCUAUUCACACACAAACACACACACACACACACACACACACACACAACAAAGUACUUAACUUAAUUGUUACUUGUAGUGCGUAUUUAUUAUUAACAACUAUUAUGUCCAUGGAUACUAUCUAUUUAGCCCUAAGAUAUGUAUUAUGCGUGUACUUAUUAGACGUAACAGAACUAGUUAAAGUUUCAACCGAGAGAGGAUACGUGUUACCCGUAAGUGCUUAACUGUUGCAUAUUUAUAAUCAAUAAAUCUUACAUGGUAUUAA